AUGUCGCGGAAGGCGCUGCUCUGCGUCCUGCAGCUCGACAUCCGCUCGAUAACUUGCCCUGGAGUGCUUCUGAAAGACAAAGAGGAGCUCUAUCUUAGUGUCUCUGUACUUGGGCAGUACAAAAAAACUCGUUGUGUCCCUGCAGCAUUUCCAUUGCUUUUUGAAGAAAAACUAGUAUUUGAAAAGGCAUUUCCUGAUAUAGUUGAUCCUGGACACCUGGUGGAGUUACUUGAGCUUGACACAACAAUACUUGAGCUAAUACAACUUGUUCCUCCAGUGGGAGAAAUUCUAGCUACUUAUGAAGAAAAUACAAGAGAUUUCCUGUUCUCUGACCCUAAGCUUACUCGUGGGCACCAUGGUUUAGAUCGUGAGAUUUUAAUGAAGAGGUCCUCCUCUUUUACAGGAAUUGCACCAAAAUUGAGAUUUUCUACAAGCUCCCUUAUUACAGAAAGUCUGCUAAGAUCAGGAAGGAGUCACAUGCAGGAUAAUCUGAAUCGCAUACAUCACUCAACCCCAAAUGGAAAAUUGCAAACAAGGUUACCAAAGAAAAACACUCUUUCACCUGAGAAAACCAGGCAUAACCUAGCAACAAAGAACUACGAGCAGCCUACAAUAGCUUCUAAAUCACGUUCUCCAUCCCCGUACACAACAAGACGAAUGUGUGAGCUCUCAGAAGAAGCCAGGCAGCGACUGUCCCAUUUAAACCUUGGACCUUUUGAAUUCAGAAGAGAAACCGAUAGACCUCCGUUUGUAGUUAGACGUGUUGAACAACCAAGUCCUGGUAUUGARCUUCACACCUGGUGUCCUCCUCGAGAAAGUACAGUGGAAGCUUGGUCCAAGGUAAUUCAUGAUCCUUCUCUUCUCGGCAGCUACAGGCCCAAGAAAGCCAAAGUGAAAUCUACUCCUGGAAAAGAGCUUGAAAGUUCUUCUAAUGAGCGUGUGAUCUCAGGUCGACUGAAUAGACAGUGCAGUUCCACUGGUUCGUUAACGUGUUCAGCACCUUUAGCAUUUCAUAAACACUCCUUAAGCUCAGUGCUAAGUCGAUCAUCUCUAAGAGAAAGAUUUGCCUCUGGUUGGCCUACACAAGCAAAUGGAGAUGAGAUCCAUGAACGAGUGAAGAAUAUUCUAAGGACUCACAGUGCUAGGCAGUGUCUAAUAUUUGAUGAGAGUAACUCUUCAAAAGAAGACAUGACUAAAACAGGACAGUUUUCACAUAAAGCUUCCUUAUCCACAAGUGAACUGCAGAGCAGGUCACCAGUGCAGCAGAACACCCCUGUUCACGUGGGUGAUGGUGAACACCGGCCCAGACGCACGGCCGUGUACAAAGGGAAGCCUCACAGAGCCAUCUUUGAAGAAAGUCUGGAGAAAAUAUACAGAAACAUGUAUCAAAAAACUGCUGGCACUGUUUCAGACCAAAAAACCCACUCCUGAUAGUGUUUUAUCUGGAAAUGCACAAUAACACAACAUUCAUAUUUUUAAAGAAAAUUGUUUUUUAUGUAASAAAUAUUUGUACUCUAUUUUUAAUUGUGCUUGGGCAGGGUUACUGGCAGGGUUGCCAAAUGGGGAACUACUUAAAACCAAACAAAAACCAAGCCUCUUCCUAGUUAAUCAAGCUAUGUUGCUCCUUUUGGGUUAUCAGAAGAUAGUCACCCGAAGACCCAUAGCUCUGCUGGACACUCUUGUCUGACAUCGAGUCAGGUUUUAGUUGCAGUUAACGAUCUAAAAAAUGAUUAUAAUUGGUAACAUAAAUAGAAUUGAUUUGAAAAAGUAAUAUGUCUUAGUGUUCACAGAGRCAGUCUGAAGGGGAAGGGUGAAUGUAUGUGUUGAUAUAAAAGCAUCUGCUUUGGGAAAGAGGGAAUUGUUUUUUUAGAAAAUUGGCUUUGGAUUAUUUUUGUUGUUGUUGAGAAAGACAGAAGGAAGAAGCUCACACUGACCUAUAGAUGUGCUUUCAAAGCAUUUUCAAGUACCUUCGGUAACAAAUUUUCGAAUACCAUCAAAUUUUAAAAGAAACCUGCCCAACUCAGCAAUCU